AUGUCUUCUAAUGGAACCAUUGCCUCUAAUGACAUCGAUAUCACUCCGAAUCAUGCAUUGAUAGAUAGUAUCACUGUCAUUGGGAGGGCUUAUCUCCAUCGCCAACUGACGAUGUCAUUCACUGGUUGUGUUACCACACCAAGAUUCACAGUGUCAUCCAUCACUCAGCAACCUCAAACGUCACUCUUGGAAUCGAUGGCACAAGACGCGACGACACGGGAUCCUUCGGAUGACCUUGACGGAGAUAUCUUGACCUUCUCAGAACUCGAUUUUGCAAGACUAGGACUUGUGAAUAAAGAGUCGAGCCAACAAUUCUCACCCGAUUUCAGCCUUUCAACACAGGAAUACCCAUUCCCUACACAUAACGAUGUCUUUGCUCCAGAGCAAAACUUCUUCACAGACGACUUUCCUCUAGAUCUAACGGCAAAUACACAUAAUGAACUGUGGCUCGAUCCGGAAUUAAGUCUUCAAUCAUGGCAAACAACUCCGCCAAUGCAACCAGACAAUGGCCGAGAUAUCUCACCGCUUAAUACAACUCAUGGUACCAUCGGGACGCCUUCGCUGGCCAGCCCCUCAUUUGAUCAAGCCUUUGCAGGCCUUUCGCCACUAGAAAGUCAGCACAACAGCCUCCCACGACGCAGGAGUCAAUAUUUCAGAAGCCAAUUACAAGGCACCCCAAGCGAGCCUGUUUCGAUUCCCCGAUCAAGCGUCCGGCGCGACAGUAAUCGCAACCCCAUGCAGAGAUGGCAAAAUUCGCCACCUGAAGCCGAGCCAGCCUCGUUAUCCGCUAUAGCCGAUGCCCUUGAGAAAACACCACUGCGAAAACGGUCGUCAGCUGGAAGUUUGGGCAGUCGUAGGGUUGCAAGUCGCGCAGGAUCCAUCACAAGUUUUGGAAGCGUAACGAGUUGCUCAACUGCUUCUGUUGGAUCACCGCAUUCUACCGCACGACGGGGAAGAGUCGCCAAAUCGAAACGUGUGUCUGCUAACAAGGGCAAGAGCAAGUACGAUUGGGCACGACAUGAGAGGUCGCUUCAUCUAGAUCUACAAGGUUGGCGAUGUACACCUUUCGGAGGGACGGUCAUAUCUCCAGAUACAGGACGAAGUCAUUGUGCAUAUUGCAGUCAACUCGAUCCAAGUGCAGACCAUCUCGAAACUCAUAACCACGCCGGCUGUCAGAACGACGAUAAACCGCAUAUUUUCCGUCGCAAAGAUCAUCUCGUUCAACAUCUACGACUAGUCCACCACGUCAAGACACUACCCAUCAUUGAUGCAUGGAAAGUCGAAGGGCCGCCGAUAAAAUCGAGGUGCGGGAUCUGCGAUAUUCGAAUGGAAACUUGGCAAGAACGAGUGGAACAUCUGGCCAAACAUUUCCGCAGGGGUGAUACGAUGGAAGCCUGGAGGGGCGAGCACGAUUUCGAGCCGCAUGUCAGUGCAAGAGUGACGAAUGCUCUGGCACCGUAUAUAAUUGCAGCAGAAGAACGAGCCCCGGUACCGUUUUCUGCCACUGACCCGAGCUCGAGGGAUCAUUUCCAUCAGAUUGUGAAGAAUGCUGGGGCUGAAGUUGAAGCAGCGAAACAAGUUGAUGGGGAAAUGCCGGUCUCCCCAGAGACAUCACCUCUACCCCAACAGCCCGUUGCCGCAGAUAUCAGCUCAAUGUCUUUUCCAGAAUUUCUGGUACAUCAUUUAGGACGCUAUGCACAACAGCAGAUGAGUCUCGGUAUCAUGCCGACGGAUGAGAUGUUCCAGAUAGAGGCGAGGAGGCUUGUUUAUAAUACUAUGGACCCGUGGGAUCAGACGUUGGCAGACAACAAAGAUUGGCUUUCAUAUUUUCGAAAUUGUUAUCUUGGCGGUUCUUCUAGCGGAUAG